CCUUGGGGAAUCAAAACUAAAGAGGGGUCAACCAAUGAUCAGGCCAUACCUGAUCAGGCAAAUCCUCUUCCAAGGACAAGAGAACUAAAACACGUACACCCAAACAGUCCGUCCCCUUAAACCCUCGAGUUCGUUGCUCUCCGAAAUGUUGAUAGUUAAAACCUAACAUAUUGCCUGCCUCUCUCUCUUUCUCUCUCUCAGUACGGUGAAGCAACCGGCAAUGGCUUCCGUUGUGUCAACCAUUAAGCAAAAGAAGAAGAAAGCUAAGCACAGCGUCUCUCUGUCAGACCUGAAAACCCUAGGCCACCAGCUUCUCUCCUCCCGGGCCCAUAUCAACAAUCUCCCUCUCCUUCUAUCCUACGUCUCCCCCACCUCCCCUCCUCCCUACGCCCUCGAAUCCCUCCUCUCCCUCCAAUCAUUCUUCACCCCUCUCCUUCCUUCCCUCCCCCCUCUUCUUUCUUCUUCCAAGCCCUCCGCACCCGAUCUCCAGGACGAUCCUGACUUCAUCUACCGCACCUGGCUCCGCUCCAAGUUCGACCAUUUCGUCCGUUCUCUAAUUGAUCUCGCUGUCUCGCCGGACUCCGAUGAAACUCUUAAAGAGGUUGUGUUGGAUACGAUAAUGGAGUUUGUGAAGGUGGGAAACUGUGGGAGGUUUCAUUCAGCUAUAUACCACAAGUUAUUGCAUGCUAUUGUCUAUUCUUCAAUUUCUAUUUAUUUCUUGAUAGACUUGCUGGUGUCGAACUACUUCAAGUAUAUCGAUGUACGUUAUUUUACGUACAUUAGCCUGGGAAAAAUUUCUAGAACUCUGGAGGCAAAAGAAAUCUCUGAUGUGAAUGAAGAUAGUAUUGAUGAGAGUCAUUCAAGAUCAAGCAUGGAGGUUUUCCUUCAGAACAUACAUUAUAUUAUCUCACGUGUGCCUCAUAUGGAAGGCUUAGAUGAAAAAUCUGAUUACGAGAUGUGGAGCAGAUCAGGAAACGAUGGUAAGGAGCUAUCUGGGAAUUCAAAAGCAGAAGAUAAAAAGCUCCUGACUGAGAAGUCUAACAAUGAUGUGUUGGCUGCAGCCAAAAUUGCAAAAAGGAUGAAACUAAAAUUUACAAAAGCCUGGAUUUCCUUUCUUAGGUUACCGCUUCCACUUGAUGUGUACAAAGAUGUUCUUGUUAGUCUUCAUCAGGUUGUCAUUCCUUAUUUGUCUAAUCCUAUCAUGUUAUGUGAUUUUUUGACGAGAUCAUAUGACAUUGGUGGUGUUGUCAGUGUCAUGGCUCUUAGUGGCCUCUUCAUCCUCAUGACACAAUAUGGAUUGGAGUACCCUAACUUUUACGAAAAGCUUUAUGCUUUAUUGGUCCCUUCUAUCUUUAUGGCCAAGCAUCGGGCAAAGUUUUUUCAGCUUCUCGAUUCUUGCCUAAAAUCUCCACUUCUCCCAGCAUAUUUGGCAGCUGCUUUUGCUAAGAAACUGAGUCGGCUGUCUCUUUCAGUUCCUCCUUCAGGAGCGUUGGUUAUUAUAGCUCUGGUUCACAAUCUUUUACGGAGACAUCCUUCAAUCAACUGUUUGGUGCACUGGGAGGAUGGUGAUGAAACUGCAAAAGAUAAUGCAGAAGGUGACUCUGGAACUGGAUCAGAUAUUUCCAGUAGGAAGCCAGGCAUGGAUUGCUUUAACAGCGAGGAAAGUAAUCCUAUAAAGUCCAAUGCCAUGAGAAGUUCACUUUGGGAGAUUGAUACCCUCCGUCACCACUACUGCCCUCCAGUUUCAAGGUUUGUUUUGUCACUUGAAAAUGAUUUGACAGUCAGAGCUAAAACAACUGAAAUGACGGUAAAAGAUUUCAGCUCGGGCUCAUAUGCAACAAUUUUUGGGGAUGAGAUGAGGCGAAGGGUAAAACAGGUUCCACUAGCAUUCCACAAAGUUACUCCUACAUCUUUAUUCACAGAGUCUGAUUUUUCUGGUUGGACUUUUAAUCGUGAAGAUGGCAAGGAAAAGAAUGAUGGCAGUGAUGAGCAUGAGAUUACCAAUGAACAUGGUCGUUCUGCAAAACGACAAGUAGAGAGUUCCUGAACCAAGUGCAGUCUCUCUUGCUGGGCAUGUGUACCAAAGUUCAUUUUGUUUGAGUUACCAUUUUCCUCUUUGGGAUAGGCUUGUCUUUCUCUGCAUGGGGUUGGGAAUUUGGUUAAAGUCUAAUUUUUUUAGCUGUAUACAGCAGCCAGUUUUGACCUGCCAUUUUGCCAAUAUCUGUUCCAUAUCUGUGUAAUCAGCAAUUUCCUUGAGAUGAAGUGUGAUUACAGCCAAAUUGAUGAUAAAAAACUUACUUGUA